GUCAAAACUGAACAUCACAGGCAGUCCGAGUGAGGGGAACAGGUUGAAAAGAGCUGGAGGCUUGUACAUUCAAAUACUGUUGGUUGCAGAUUGUAACCGGACAUAACACACAAGCUGGAAGGGCUCAGCGCAGCGUGGGUGCCCAGGGAUCCACUGCCUGAGUGUGGGGAGAGCAGCGGCCGAGACCCCAGAGACAUGAACCACACUAAGGGUGGCCUGGUCAUCUUCACCGCAAACUCACACCCCUCCAGCCGUGAGCUGGGCAAGAGGAUUGCAGAGCGGUUAGGGGUGGAGCUUGGCAAGGUGCAGGUGUACCAGGAGGCUAACAGAGAAACGCGGGUGCAGAUCCAGGAGUCAGUACGAGGCAAAGAUGUCUUUGUGAUCCAGACAGUGUCCAAAGAUGUGAACACCACCAUAAUGGAGAUGCUGAUCAUGGUGUACGCAUGCAGGACAUCCUGUGCCAGAAGUAUCACAGGUGUCCUCCCCUAUUUCCCUUAUAGCAAGCAGUGUAAGAUGAGGAAGAGGGGAUCCAUCGUCUCCAAGCUCAUUGCCUCUAUGAUGUGUAAAGCAGGUCUCACCCAUCUAAUCACCAUGGACCUCCAUCAGAAAGAGAUUCAAGGCUUCUUUAACAUUCCUGUAGACAAUCUGAGAGCUUCCCCCUUUCUGCUGCAGUACAUCCAGGAAGAGAUCCCAGACUACAGGAAUGCUGUGAUUGUUGCCAAGUCUCCAGCUUCUGCCAAAAGGGCUCAGUCAUUUGCUGAGCGUCUACGUCUGGGUAUCGCAGUGAUCCACGGUGAAGCUCAAGAUGCAGAGUCAGACCAGGUUGACGGACGGCACUCCCCACCAACCGUCAAGACUACUGGGGCCAUUCAUCCCAGCAUGGAGAUACCAUUGUUGAUUCCCAAAGAGAAGCCUCCCAUCACUGUUGUAGGAGAUGUUGGAGGACGCAUUGCAAUCAUAGUGGAUGACAUCAUUGACGAUGUUGACAGUUUUGUCGCAGCAGCAGAAACACUGAAGGAAAGAGGUGCCUACAAGAUCUUCGUCAUGGCAACUCAUGGCAUUCUCUCCUCUGAAGCUCCACGGUUCAUUGAAGAGUCGGCUAUUGAUGAGGUUGUGGUGACCAACACAAUACCCCACGAGCUCCAGAAGCUCCAGUGUCCCAAGAUAAAAACAGUCGACAUCAGCAUGAUUCUAUCAGAGGCUAUCCGCCGCAUCCACAACGGAGAGUCCAUGUCCUACCUUUUCCGCAACAUAGGAGUGGAUGACUGACAAACUUGUCUCACACAUGCAUACAAAACCCCACAUGCCAUUUGCCUUUUCAGAUGUCUUGAAUAACAUAAGGGUGAAUGUUAAACACUGAAAUAACUAUACAACCAUAAGUAUCCAUUUCUUUCAUUCAAACCUGUAAAUGCUCGCCCUUUCUUUGAGUGCAGCUUAAUAUAGAGAAGGACUGAAAAUCCACACUUGCCAUAGAUGACUGACCGCUUAACCUCUGCUCAUUUUUUUAUUCUCAUUUUUCCGUCUAGCUUGCAUCAGGUCUACAUACAUGUUGUAAUAACAUUUUAUUAGAAAAUAGUGUAAAGUUUAAUCUUAAUGUCAGAAUAUGUUUUGUUAUCACUGAAUGUCUGAAAGCAUAAUCUCCCUUCCCCAUCUUCACAGAGCGACAGAUUUCCACUGACAUGGUCUCAGGUUAUGGAGCUCAAGUGCUAACUUAACUAAAACACAAUUAAUAAUGGAUAACUUUACCAUUAGCCAUGUAUUUUUACUCUUCUUACCAAAUAAAUCAAACUAAGGUGAGCUAGAAAGUGGCUACACUCCAUUUUUGCUGUUUUCAGAUGAAAGCUAAUGGGCUAACUGUUAUCACAACAGCAUUUGAGUUCACUGUACUGAGCAUGAUGUUAGAAAAAUGGCCGCUUUGUUAACAUGGUGAAUUUCUUCUCAUAGCAUCAGGAAGAGUGCCAGUGCCUUUUAAAGGACAUAUUACAACACACAGGCCUUCGCUGCUCCAAUACACAUUAUCCAUGCUAACAUCGCUAAUAAAUAAGGCUGUCAUGUUUUUCAGAAUAUGCAGGUUCCCAUCUAAUUAUUUCAUGUAGCUGAUGGUAGUGCAUAGUUAACACUCACUUCACCAGUCAUUUUUUUUAUGUUGUGUCUGAAUGUGCUGCUCAUGAAGUUAGUCAAGACUCACAAAUGGUAGCUUGUCUGUGUGGUAGCAAUAGCACUGAGUUGCUGAUCUGAUGUCCACUUUAUAGUGCGUAAGAAGAACUGGAAAUUUUUGUAGUCAGACUGGUAAAUUGGAAAAUACAAAGUUAUGGCAGAAUGCUUGUUAAUAUAGAUGUGUCAUCCAUAUAGCAUUGUGUGCCAUUGCUCAGUGACUGCUUAUAUUUUACAUUAGUUCACUUCAUACCAGAAAUAAGUUGUUCCCUUCCAACAUUCAACAAACGCCAAUAGAUUUCAACCGUUACUGCAGUUAGACUCUCUAGUUGGAAGGGGGUGUUGUUUAGGUCAUUAUGAGAGAGGCUGACGGUCACUCGCACACGUUCUACCUGAGUUUCAUUAAAAAAAAAAAAAAGUUCUGAACUGCAGCUGAAGCUGGAAAAGUCAUAUGAAACUUUCUGAUAAGCAGAACUUGACCGAAGCAGGUCUUUGUCACUUUACCAGAGGUGUUCCAAAAUGUUUUGUAUUUAUUUUCAGCACUUAAAUGAAUAAAUAUGACCUAUAAAAGUGAA